AUGGCAGGAAGAAUCCUUGUAAUAUUGGAUGAUGUUUGGAAGAGACUAGGAUUGAAUGAUAUUGGAAUUCCAUGUGGAGAUCAUUACAAGGGUUGCAAAAUUGUGAUGACUUCAAGAAGUGAAGAUGUAUGCAUUGGCAUGGACACAGACAAGAAUUUCAAGUUGACACAAAUGGCAGUUGUGAAGGAAUGUGGAGGCUUGCCGAUUGCUAUUGUUACAGUUGGGAGGGCUCUUAGAUCCAAAAAAAUACCUUCAUGGGAUUCUGCUCUUGAACAAAUGCGAAAGUCUAUGGUCAAAAACAUCACUGAAGAAUAUGCAAUUGGGAUAGAGUUGUUUGAGCACAUUGAUAAUGUGAGCCAAGCAAAAGACAGGUUCAAAAAAGAGUGUGUCAAAAUGUAUGAUGUCAUACGUGAUGUGGCUAUAUCAAUUGCAUCCGAGCAACAUUCGUUUAUGGUGAGAUGUGACGAAGUACUAGAAGACUGGCCAGAGAAUGUUCGACUAAAAAAUUAUGCUGUAAUUUCAUUAAAACUUGAUGGUAUGCAUGGGCUUCUUGGUAGUUUAGAAUUUCCAAAUCUCAAGCUUCUACAGCUGGAUUGCAAUGCUAGAUUACCACGAAUCUCAUAUGAUCUCAACAAAAGAAUGGAGGUCAAAGUACAAGAGACCCAAGAUAGUUUCUACCAAGGAAUGAAAGAACUUAAAGUGCUAGCUUUAUCCUAUAUGUUCAGCUCAUUGCCAACGUCAUUUGGAUGCUUGAUCAACCUCCGAACCUUGUCACUUUUUCGUUGCCGACUUAUUGAUGAUGAUAUCUCUGUAAUCGGAGCAUUAGAGAAUCUGGAAAUUUGA